GUUAGCUAUUUUAAUAAGCAGCAGGAGAUAAAGAUGCCAACCCUGGAUGACAUUUUAGAGCACAUUGGAGAAUUUGACAGGUUCCAGAAACAAACCUUCUUCCUCCUGUGUUUGCUUUCUGCUGCCUUCACUCCUGUCUACGUGGGUGUCGUCUUCUUCGGGUUCACCCCCGAGCAUCGCUGCUUCAGCCCUGGUGCGGCGGAGCUGAGCCAGCGCUGUGGCUGGAGCCUGGCGGAGCAGCUGAACCACACCGUCCCUGAGUGGGGCAGCCAUGGGGCCACCUACAGCAGCCGUUGCAGCAGGUACGAGGUGGACUGGAAUGCAACGGGUGUCAGCUGCACUGACCCCCUUGGCAGCAUUGUGGGCAACCGGAGCUCUGUCCCGCUUGGCCCCUGCCAAGACGGGUGGGUUUAUGACUACUCUGGGACCUCCAUAGUGACCGAGUUUAACCUGGUGUGUGAGGACUCCUGGAAGCUGGAUCUCUUUCAAUCAUCUGUGAAUGUUGGGUUCUUUAUUGGCUCCAUAAUCAUCGGCUACAUAGCAGAUAGGUUUGGCCGCAAGCUCUGCCUCUUGAUCACAGUCCUCAUCAAUUCUGUCUCAGGGGUUCUCGUGUCCUUCGCACCCAGCUAUACGUGGACGGUGAUCUUUCGGUUGAUCCAGGGGCUGGUCAGCAAGGGGGGCUGGCUGACAGGAUACGUCCUGACUGCAGAAUUUGUUGGCUUAAGCUUCCGGAGAACGGUGGGCAUCAUCUACCAGCUUGCCUUCACUGUGGGACUCCUCAUCCUCACUGCUGUGGCUUAUGUGCUCCCACACUGGAGGUGGCUUCAGCUUGCUGUCACCCUGCCCAAUUUCUUCUUCCUACUCUACUACUGGUGUCUGCCUGAGUCCCCCAGAUGGCUAAUAACUCAGAAGCAAAAUGACAAAGCUAUGGAAGUUAUUAAGCGCAUUGCCAAGGGAAACAAGAAGCAGCUACCUCCAUCUUUCCAGAACUUCAAAUUUGAAGAUGAAGAUGGAGAAAAGAUGAAACCUUCAUACCUUGACCUGGUCAGGACACCUCAGAUAAGAAAGCACACAUUCAUUCUGAUGUACAGUUGGUUCACAAGCUCCGUCCUCUACCAAGGGCUCAUCAUGCACAUGGGACUAGCUAGUGGGAACAUUUACCUGGAUUUCCUCUAUUCUGCUCUUGUUGAGUUCCCAGCUGCCUUCAUCCUCUUGUUAACAGUGGAUCGCAUUGGCCGUCGCUACCCAUGGGCUGUGGCAAAUGUGAUGACAGGUGGUGCCUGCCUUGUUACGGCGUUAGUUCCAGACACUCUUUAUUGGCUUAAAAUGACCGCAGCAUGUCUGGGCAGAAUGGGAAUUACCAUGUGCUUUGAGAUGGUUUGUUUGGUAAAUCCUGAGCUGUAUCCAACUUCUCUCAGAAACCUAGGAGUGCUGAUCUGCUCGUCCAUGUGCGACAUCGGUGGGAUCAUGACCCCCUUCAUUGUGUACAGACUGGCGGAGCUCUGGCAUGAGCUGCCUCUGGUUGUCUUUGCCGGGAUUGCUUUUGUUGGUGGUGGCCUGGUCUUGCUCCUACCUGAAACAAAGGGAAAAUCUCUGCCUGAGACCAUUGAAGAUGCUGAAAACAUGCACAGACAAGAAAGAAGCAAAGAAAACACAAUUUAUCUUCAAAUUCUGUCUUCAGAAGGUUUACCCAAGUAAGGCUCCACUUUUGUUCCAGACCCGCUUUUACUGGGCAGCAGUGGAAGGGCCAUCACAACCAGCCCCCAGCCAGCACUGAGGAAAGAACCAUGCAAACACAGCCUACCCUUUUCCAGCUUGCUCUCCCACUGCCACCAGCCACAGCCAUGCCAGCUGACUCCAUGGAUUUCCACUUCAGGCUCUCACAGACCAUCUUCCACUGAAUUUCUCUAUUUGUCUUCUGAGCACUUUUACACUUCCAGGGUCCCCGGACAUCUGACAGCAGUGACUUUUGGAGCCCAGGCAGGACACUCAUGAAGGAAUGCUUUCUUCCAUAGCAAGCAGGAAUGUAUUUGUACUCCCAACCCACCUCUACACUGCACCUAAUUUUACAUGAAAGAAAGCAUGCAGAUAGCAGCUGAUUUAGUGUCACUGUCCGUACAUCCCUGAAAAUCUCAGCGCCUGAUGCUGAGCAUGCUCAACUCCUACCACCCUAUGGUAAACAUUUCUGCAGAGCAUGCUUAGGGAGUCCAUGAAUAUCCACCAGAACUUUCCACUUAGUUUAUUCCACCUUUUUUGGAUAUCUAAGUGGGGUGAAAUCAAGUUCCAGACCAACUUUUAAGCUUUGGCAUCCCAGAAUUUGACUGGCUAUGAGAAAAGCUGGAAUAUGAAAAAGAAGGGAAGAUGAUGCUGCAGGCAGCUGAGCCUUAGGCCAUGAGGUUCUGAGUAUUACUGCUCUAUCUUGAGAUAUCAGUAAUGGGGCAAGGAGAGAAAGCCUCAUCACCAUCUGUCAACUGGGAGCAGCACAAGCAAUAAUACAACAGUGUUUUAAACAAUAAACUCCUGUUAUUUUAA